AUGUUCAGUACAUAUCAAUCUGUGUGCUUCAAGAUUUGUUGGACCGUCAAGUUUGUUAGGAUCAGGAUUUGUACCACAACGUCGUUCAAACAUCAGUCGCCUGGAAAUGCGCAGAGAAGAACGCCACUUCUCCCUCCGCCGAUUCCUCGUAAGCACCAUCGCUCGCACGGAGAAAUCGUAGGUACCGGACUAAACGAUUUCAAGAAACCCAAAGAACUUCUUCAAGCUGCUACCGAUGCGUUCGAUGCUCAUCGUCAGUGCUUGGAUAAAUGCGGCGUUCUUCACCAAGAUGUUGGCCCCAAAAACAUCACACUCGACAGUCGCGACGGCGGGGUUCCUAACGACUGGGAUAUGACAGAGAAUGAAGGUAGGAUUUCCCGCUGUCCUCCAGAGAUGCACCGAAGAGAUUUUUUUUUUCGAGUUGGAACGUGGUAUUUUAUGGCUGCUGACCUCCUCGACGAUCCUUUCAAGUCUCACACACUCCAAGACGACAUUGAGUCCUUCUUCUGGGUCGUGUUCUACUAUAGUCUACAUUUCCUGCCGAACACCCUCCCCGAGCUCCGGAUAAAGACGAUCAUCAGUCAUGCUUUCCAACCCUCAGGCUACAAUCACGAGUUUCACCUAUUUUAUGAGGAGCUCGAGUACUAUCACAACAAACCGUUCUCGCAAUGGGUUGACGAUGCCCUCGAAUAUCUAGACGAAUAUUACCAAUGGAAGUACGGUAUCAGCGACUCUGCAAAGCAGCGGCGGCCAAAUCACUCGUCGUUCCAGCUCCUUUUCGAGUCAGCUCUUGCCAAGCCCAACUGGCCAGUCAUUCGCACCGGUGUACUUCCUGCCACGCCAUCGCCAAAGCGCGCUCGGAAUGUCGCCAAACGUGACGACCUCCCUGAAACAUCCACCAAGAGGAAAAAGAUGUCUACUAUCUGA